AUGGAGGGAUUCGUAUGGCAGAGCCGUUCGCUGCUGGGAGCAACCGAGUUUUGUGACAAAAAGGACCAGGACGAGAGACCUGACUUCGCCGAAAGCUUGGACGAGCUAAACAACUUCUCCAUCGCCUUGGGCGUGUUCUUGUGGCUCGCCGGCAUGCUGGCCCUCGUCCCACAGCACAUCAAAAUGUGGCGAACAAAAAACAGCGCUGGCCUGAGCUUCUACAUGCUUUUCCUCUCCAACAUCUGUCAGUUUUCCGCGGUCCUCAACGCCUUCAUCUUGAAGUUCCCUCAGUUUCAAGCCUGUUUCGAAACCGGCAUUUUGGACUGCACGCCUAAGUUCAAGACCGAUCCCAAACAGAUGGACAGGGAUUGGCUCAUCGCUCGGGCGCUGUUCAUCGGCUUCAUUUUCUAUGCCCUCAUCAUGAGCGGCAUCGGCAUUUUGAUGUUGUGGGUCUUUGGUGAGUGCGGUUCACCCACGCUCAACUACGGCUGGGGGGUGGGCAUCCUGGCCACGGCUGUGACGUUCAUUCAGUGGAGCCCCCAGAUCUGGAAAACGUGGAAGCUCAAGGCUGUGGGAGCCUUUUCGAUCUUGACGCUUGCAAUCCAAGCCCCGGGCACAAUGGUGGUGGUCUAUUUUCUCUUGUUCGUCGCUAGCGAGGAUCAGCUCGUGUUGCUCGCCUUGUUGCUGUACUUCGAGUUUUGGUACAGCCGGAGGCACGGGAAGAAGGCGGUCGCGCUAAGCGAAGAGGAGACGAUGCCCAUUUCCAUUCAGACAACCAAGGACGUGGAGGGGCGAGGAACGGACGAAGACACUGCGCGAGAGACCGAAAACGAAGGCGAGAUUGCGAAAGGGAAGGAAGAGCGAGUCGACAGGUACUCGGGCCUCUGA